AUGCAUCACAUUCCUGACUGCAACUUUCAUGAAUGGGUUUUGAUUUCUGCUCAGCCCCAGCUACUUCUGUGGAUGCAGAGUUUUUGUAACACUUUGUGUCACCAAAAUUGUCCUUUCAAUACCUCUGGGUUCAUCAAGAACCAAAAGGUUUUGACGACUCGAGGCAAGCAGCCGUCACAGAUCGUCUACAUUUGUACGAGUAGUGAUGUGCAAGGGUUUGUCAACCCUCCAAGGGUCAGGGGUAAGGGUCAGGAGGGUAAGGGUCAGGGUAAGGAUUUUGUGACCCUCAACAAACCCUUGACCCUUCUGAAGGGUCAGGGGUUUUUCAGGGGUUUUUUUAGGGGUUUCAUUUCUCUAAUAUCAAGUCAUUUGCUCCAAACCCUUGUUCAAACCCUGCUGGGGUUUCUUACCCUCCAACCCCUGAGAUACCCUUACCCUUACCCUCCAAAACCCUUGACCCCAGCCAAGGGUCAAGGGUUUUGGAGGCCCUCAAGCUUCAGCUCCAACCCAACUUCACCCUGGUUGGCGCACGGUGACAGCAGGAGAAAGUCGGCUAAUUACGUUACAGUCAUUUGGUAG